GUGACCUUUUCAAGAGUGUUUGCUGGACACUUUGCAGCAGGGUGCUUUGUGCGUAUGUGUGUGUGUGUGCACGUCUGUGGCUUUAUGGAUCACACGCCCCUCUCCCAACACACACACACUCACACACAGUACAUUACCAAGUGAAUGGAAGGAGCCUCCCCCUCCUCCUCCUCCUCCUCCUGCUGCAGUCUAACAUCUGCAGGGACCAAGUGUGGAUGAGCUUCUGUUUUCUCUGUGUGUGUUUAUUUUGGAACGGUCUCACACACACAGAGCAAACAUAAUGGCUGUGUCAUCUCUGCAAACUUUGGAGGAAUACUAACCCUUUUUUAUCAGAAUAUUUUUCAGCAGGUGCUUUACAACCCAUGAGUGAAUCACGUGUUUAAAGGAGAGGAUUAUGAAGUGUGUAUUUUUACUGUUUUUCCUCGGAUUUAUUAAAGAGGCACACUUCUACCGCCAUGGGAACACCAACAACCUUCAGCCAUACAUGCCCAACGUAUGCAUGGAACAGGAGAUGCUGCUGGUGGCUCAGAGACAGCCGUGUGUGCAGGCCUUCACACGCAUGGUCAAAGUGUGGAAGCAAGGAUGUGCGGGACAGUCAUGGUGUAUGGGAUACGAGAGAAGGACAGCGUACUACACGGCGUACAGACAAGUGUACCGCCAGGAUUACCAGAGCGUCUACAAGUGCUGCCAUGGAUGGUCACAGCUCAAUGGAGAAGCUGGCUGCUUUUAUCCUGUGUGCAGCUACGGCGUGUGCUUCAAUGGGGGUCAAUGUCAGGAGGGGUCCACCCAGCUAUGUGACUGUCCUGCGGGCUUCAAUGGGCCCAGCUGCCAGUAUGAUGUGAACGAAUGCGAGGAGACCAAUGGAGGAUGUGAAGCUCUCUGCUGCAACACCAUUGGAAGCUUUUACUGUCGUUGUCCCGCUGGACUCCAACUAGGCCCUGAUGGUAAAACUUGUCAAGAUAUUGAUGAAUGCCAGGUCCACAAUGGAGGCUGCCAGCACACGUGUGUUAACACCAGAGGCUCCUACUACUGUGAAUGUCACAUGGGGUCUCGUCUGCAUGUCGACGGACGCACAUGCCUUCCCAUCCAUUCGUGUGCCCUCGGCAACGGCGGUUGUGAACAUUACUGUAUCCAGCAGUCAGCCUCUCAUUUCCACUGCCGCUGCAAACCCAACUACGAGCUGUUGGCGGACGGCAAGCACUGCAAAUUGCAAAAUCCUUGUGCUGAUGACAACGGAGGCUGCAUGCAUCAGUGUCGGGCCGAUGGCGGCAAGGCUCACUGUGAUUGCAGAGCUGGGUUCAUUCUGGCUGAGGACGGACGCACGUGUGAAGACAUUGACGAGUGCCAGAUGGAAGAAGCCAACUGUGCUCACGCCUGCCAUAACACGCUGGGCUCCUUCGCCUGUGUCUGUAACGCUGCCUACGAGCUGGGCUCUGAUGGAAAACAGUGCUACAGAAUCGAGAUGGAGAUUGUGAACAGCUGCGAGGAGAACAAUGGUGGAUGUUCACACCACUGCCAGCAUUCCAACAGCGGGCCGGUUUGCUCCUGUAACCAUGGUUACAAGCUGGAUGAUGACCUUAAAACCUGCAUUGACGUGAACGAGUGUGGCCAGCAAAGCUCCUGCUGCCAGCAGAACUGCGCCAACUACCCCGGAGGUUACGAAUGCUACUGCUCAGCAGGUUACAGGCUCAACUCGGAUGGAUGCAGCUGUGAUGACGUCGAUGAGUGUCUGGCAGUCAAUGGCGGUUGUGAUCACACCUGCCAAAACAAUGCCGGCUCCUACCAGUGUUUCUGCCGACGAGGUUUCCGUCUGGACGAGGACCGACUCUCAUGCAUCUCUCUGGAAGAUGCAGUUGAAGCCCUGUCCAGCGGGGGCGCCAUUGAACUGCCUCUGAUUCACCCCCAGCUCACUUUGCUGCACGAUUACAACCAGCCUUUGGAGCGCUAUGACGACUAUGAGGAUGACGAGGGGGAGCUGAGGGCUGAGAGUAAUCUGGCGGAGAAGUUUGUGUGCUUGGACGACACUUUUGGCAACGACUGCAGUUUGACGUGUGAUGACUGCUCCAAUGGAGGCCAGUGUAAUCUGUGGAAGAAUGGCUGUGAUUGUCCUGAUGGCUGGACGGGAAUAAUCUGCAACCAGACAUGUCCAGCAGACUAUUUUGGUAAAAACUGCUCCUUCCCCUGCAAGUGUAAAAAUGGUGGCAGCUGUGAUCCCGUCACCGGGAGCUGUCGCUGCCCACCGGGGGUCACCGGGGAGUUGUGUCAGGACGGCUGUCCAAAGGGUUUCUAUGGCAAGCAGUGUAAUAAAAGGUGUAACUGCGCUAAUAACGGACGCUGCCAUCGCACCUAUGGAGCCUGUCUGUGUGACCCCGGACUCUAUGGGCGCUUCUGCCACCUCCCUUGUCCCAAGUGGACCUUUGGUGCCGGUUGCUCGGAGGAGUGUCGGUGUGUCCAACAGAACACCGUGGAGUGUCACCGUCGCUACGGUACCUGCAUCUGCAAACCUGGUUACCAAGGCGAUGCCUGCAAGGAAGAGUGCAGCCAUGGAAUGUAUGGAGGUGGCUGUGAGAAGAAGUGUGCGUGCCCAGUGGGUGUGUCAUGUGACCAUGUGAGCGGGGAGUGCCAACGAAAGUGCGCGCCUGGUCGGCACGGCGAGGGCUGUGAUCAUGACUGUCCUGAGAUGACUUUUGGACCUGGCUGCGUCCAUCCUUGUAACUGCAGCGGCGCCCCCUGUGACAAAGUGACAGGACAGUGCACUUGUCCGGCCGGCACUGCUGGGAAGAACUGUGACAAGUUGUGUCCAGAAGGUUUUUGGGGCAUGGCCUGCUCAGGAAGAUGUCCACUUUGUGACAAUGGAGGCGUGUGUGAUAAACACAAUGGCUCAUGUAACUGCCCACCCGGAUUCAUGGGAACACUCUGUCAGAACUCAUGUCCAAGUGGACGUUUCGGCCAAGGUUGCCAGAUGAAGUGCAUGUGCGAGAACAACGCCCGUUGUGACACAGUGAGCGGUCGAUGUACCUGCUCACCUGGCUGGACGGGUCACAACUGCAAGAAAGCAUGCAACACAGGCCGCUGGGGGACGGACUGUGUUGAGAGCUGUCGCUGUCAAAACGGAGACGGAAGCUGUGAUGCUGUGACGGGCCGAUGCAACUGUGAGGCCGGGUACACUGGAGCACACUGUCAUCACAAGUGUCCAGCAGGUAUGUUCGGUCUCGGUUGUCGACAUCGUUGCCAAUGUGAUAAUCAGGCCUUAUGCGACCAUGUAAGCGGUGCUUGUACCUGCCUGGUGGGAUGGACCGGAACAUUCUGCGAAAAGCCGUGUCCUCAGGGAUUCUUCGGAAUGGACUGUCAGAAGAAGUGCUUGUGUCAUAAUGGAGGCCGCUGUGACCCGGUCAGCGGGGUUUGCUCCUGUCCUCGAGGGUGGACCGGACCAUUCUGCAACCAAACGUGCCCGAGCGGUUUCUAUGGCGACGGCUGCAACCAAACCUGCUCUUGUCGUAACGGUGUCUGCCACCCGGCUAGCGGUCUUUGUAUGUGCACGGCGGGCUGGAACGGCGCCAACUGCACAGAAGAAUGCCCUGCAGGCUUCUACGGAGUCGGUUGUCUGCACCGCUGCCUGUGUCGGAACGGAGCGGCCUGCGAUAAAGCCAGCGGGAAGUGUUCCUGUUCCAGCGGCUGGACCGGAACCGCCUGUGAGCUGGAGUGCCUGGCGGGACAUUUUGGGGCCGACUGCCAACAUGAGUGUGAGUGUGAAAACGGCGGCCAGUGUGACAGACAGACCGGACGGUGCAGCUGCAGUCUUGGUUGGAGGGGGGAACGCUGCCAGGAAGCUUGUGAGCCUGGCACGUUUGGAGCCCACUGCAAGGAGAGGUGUCACUGUGGGCACGGGGCGCCAUGCCACCAUGUCACUGGAGAGUGUCGGUGCCCCCCUGGAUGGAGAGGAAAAUACUGUGACAAAGCAUGUUUGCCAGGUUCCUUUGGGCCAGGCUGCAUGCGGCGCUGCAAUUGUGCCACGGAUACGUCUUGUCACCACGUGACCGGAGAGUGCGGCUGUCCUGCAGGCCUCACUGGUAGCGGCUGUGAACGAAUUUGCCUUCCAGGAACGUUUGGGCCAAACUGCAAUCAAGUGUGUCAGUGCUCUGAGACCAACCAGCUCUGCCACCCAGUGUCUGGAUUGUGCUACUGCGCCCCAGGUUUCCAAGGACCGGAAUGUGACCAAACAUGUGGAGCGGGUCGUUACGGUCCAAACUGCGAGAGGGAGUGUCAGUGUGCCAACGGGGGCGUGUGCGUCUCCUCCACAGGCGCUUGUAAAUGUCCUGCAGGAUUCAUUGGCGCUCGCUGCAACAUCACGUGUCCUGACGGGCGCUACGGAGUGGACUGUACGCAAGUGGCUCGGUGUGGGGACGGAGGGGUUCGGAACGACCCGGUGACCGGUCGCUGCGUGUGCAAGCCUGGACGAAGAGGGGAAUACUGUACACAAAGCUGUCCUCCAGGCUGGUUCGGCUCCGACUGCUUACGGCGUUGUAACUGUAGUAACGGCGCCGUGUGCCACCCGGUGAGCGGCAACUGCACCUGCGGCCUCGGAUGGACCGGCCCACACUGCGACACGGGAUGCCCGGCGGGUAAAUUUGGCGCCAACUGUCAGCUGACAUGCAAGUGUGAAAACAAUGGGACAUGUGACAAAGCGAGCGGGACGUGUCGCUGUGGUCCAGGAUACUAUGGACAUACGUGUGAGCAUGCGUGCCCCCCCGGUCUCUAUGGCCCCCUGUGUCAGCGGCAGUGCGACUGUGAAUACGGAGCUUCCUGUCAUGCAGCAUCCGGUCAGUGUGUGUGUCCCGCCGGACGUCACGGUGCUCGGUGCCAAAGAGUGUGUGAACAAGGCAGGUAUGGUCAAGGCUGCGCUAAAGUGUGCGACUGUGACGUCAACGCUCCGUGUGAUCCUGUGACGGGAAGAUGUCUCUGUCCUGCAGGACACACCGGACACAGAUGUGACAUUGACUGCAGAGUGGGUCACUUUGGCCCCGACUGCACGCAGAGUUGCGAGUGCAAGAACGAUGCAGACUGCGACCGACGCAACGGACGAUGCAGCUGCCCGCACGGCUGGAUCGGCCUCUACUGUCAGGAAGGUGGACCUCCACGCCUCCCGAUGGAGAACGGCCGAGGAACCGCCACACCGGACAACACCUUGUAGCGCCCCCACCUGGUGGGAGGAUACAGUCAAAGCUGGAUGGAUGUGGAAUUCCAUGUGGAGGAAAAAAAAGACUGAGAUUCCACUUUGAGACACAAACUGAAUGAUGAAUCUUCUUUAAGUCCAAAGUGGGACAUCGCAGCGGCAGACAAACUCUUCCACGCUGCACGUUGGUAUUUAAUGUGAAAUAUUUGCCUAUGUAUAUAGAAUAUUUGGUUUUGUACUGAAAUGCGAUGCAGCCAUGUUUGCAGUUUUCUAACGCUCCCACACUAAAUCAGUCAAAAAUGUUAAAUGUUUUUUUUGGACAGCUGACUGCUUUUGUUUUUGUUCAUAUUAUGUAUGAGGACCACACUAAGAAGAAACAACACAAUUAUGAUAAUAAAUGUGCAAUAUUUUGAAU